CACAAUCAGUUACGUUUGGAAGUCUCUGAGGGAGCAAGCAUUUAUAAACAGUACCUAUCCAAUUGUUUACACUUGUCAUAAUCGUAGUAGGAUGCCUUCAAGGAUGAUUGAGAAUACAAAAAUAUCUGGCGAGGAUCCACAAUGGUUAUUUACACAGUACCAACAAGGUUCCAACCUUCUUAUAAUUGACUGCAGACCAUUUACAGACUAUUCUAAAGCACAUAUUGAAGGAGCAAUUAAUAUCUCUGUCCCUUCUUUAAUGUUACGUCGACUUAGAAAAGGGAACGUGCCACUUAAGAACUUCAUUAACUCUGAUAUUGCCAAAGAAAAGUUUGACGAACGAAGACAAGUUGAGAAGAUUAUCCUGUAUGAUGAUCAAUCCACAGCUGAAUGUUAUCGUGAGAGCUCAGUGCUGGAUUUUUUACAACAGAAGAUGUCUGAGGAUAAUAGUGUUGCACUUUUGAAUGGUGGUUUUAGCAGAUUUGAAGACUGUUUCCCACAUUUAUGUCAAUGUGGAGAGGGCACUGAAUUGAACAAUGCGUUAUUUUCAUUGGCCAAUCUAUCCAUACACUCUGAUAUUCCAUCUCCCAUGCCGUUCCGAGAUGCCAACAACAACGUUCCACCAAAACAACAAACUGUCAACGCUAAAGAUCUCUUGUUUCGACCAGACUCACUGGGACCAAUUGAAAUUAUGCCUAGAUUAUACUUAGGAAAUAAGAAGGACUCUUCGGUGUUGAAUCUGCUUCAGACCGCUGGAAUCACACAUAUAUUAAAUGUUACACACGAUCUUCCGAAUGUUUACGAAAGUUCAUCCGAGUUCGAGUAUCUACAACUUCCGAUUCAAGAUAAUUGGGAUGGAAAUAUGAUGGAUUUAUUCCCCAAAGCAUUUUCAUUUAUCGAUAACGCUAUGUCAAAAGGAGGUUGUGUACUAGUCCAUUGUCUCGGUGGAAUUUCUCGUUCGAGUACAGUGAUCAUCGCAUAUCUGAUGACGAGUUAUAACUACUCUCUGAAUGAAGCUUACGAUCACGUUAAAAGCAAGAAGAGUAACAUUGCCCCUAACUUCAAUUUCAUGGGACAGCUACUAGAUUUCGAACGAAGUCGCAGCAUCCCACCAACGCCUUUCGCCACUUCACCGGGUAGCGUAAGCCCUGGGUCUCUCUCGACAGGCAGCGAAAUCUCUACGUCAUCAGUGGAUUCUGCAGAUAGUUGCUGAUAUUUAUUUAUUGUUUUAUAGAAUUUGAAGGGAUGACUUUUAGUCACCUCGAUUAUAUUAACUUAUAUUAAUAUUUCAUAGAAUUUGUUGCUUAGUAACAAUAUUUUUUACAUAUUUUGCUACUUUUAUAUGAAAUCAAUAUUGCGUUUAGUUGCCUCGUUUAGUUGCCUCGUUCAGUCAAUUAUCUUGCCUCGAUUAGCUUUAAAGUUACGUAAUUCUUUUUUGUUACUUUAUCAGAUGCAACGCAUCUUUGCUGCCUUAAAACUCGUUCCAAGAGUUUUUAAAGUUUCGAAUUAUUUCCCUUACUUUUUAUACAAUUUCGCGAAUAAAAACUUUCUAAUUUCGUUAAUUAGGCAUUUAUACAUAGUGUGAAGAAAAUUAUUUUAUAGAAAUGUUUCGAAUUGUAAAUAUAUAUUGAACUUUCAGAAAGAAAACAAAAAAGAUUGUGAUAA